AAAAAUAUAUAUGAAUUAUAUGGAUAUUUAUUUCUUGAUAUAGAAAAUACAGUUAUGAAGGGCCAAAUUCCCAGGUGACCCAUCUCACAUCACUUCCCCAGUUUGACUCAUCGUACAAUGUAGAGGACAGAAGUAGGCCCAUUUCAUAAAUAAAAAAUUAGCAUAAUACGAAAUUAUGAGCAAAAAUAAUACUUAAUCUGAAAACAAACGUGAUGAAAAAUGAUAACAAUAACUCACAGUGUUAGCUUGAGCGUUGAGACAGCGACACAUCACACUGAUGGAGCUACGCCACCACCGCUACCGCUCAGCCUCAAACUCAAUGCUGGUUCCCUACGCCCACCGGCAGCUGGCGGUGGUUCCGGCCAGUGCCUCAGGGUCCCGCCUGAGGGUCCCCCGCGGAUGGGAUGUGGAGGAGGUGCCACGCCCCGACGGCUCCCGCUCUGACAGGUACUACUAUGAGCCCGGCUCUGGAAGAAGAUUCAGGUCCACUAAAGAAGUUGAUAGAUAUCUCAACGGAGAACCUAACUACUCCUUUGGAUCCAAGACUGCGAUGAUCCUGCCUUUUAAGAGGAGUCGUGGAUGUCGAUAUCGGAGGAUGAUGGUUUCUGGUGGAAAGUUGCUGAGAGUGGAUAAUGAAGGAAGCAAGAAUCAUUUGGCUGUAGUACGGGAAGCCCCCGAUAUUCUUCCAGAUGGUUGGAUUGUGGAGGAGGUACCUCGUAAGUAUAUGAACAACACUGACAAGUAUUACUAUGAACCUGAGACUGGAGUGAAGUUUCGGUCCCUGGUUGCCAUUGAGAGGUAUUUGGCAGAUUUCGAUGAAGAUGCCCCAUUAUCCAAGACAUUAGAAGAGAUUAUGGAAAAUAAACCUCUUGCAAAGGCUUUUAAACUGGAAAAUCACAAGAGCUCCUCUAGAAGGAAGAAAGACACUUCUCGAGAAAAAUCACAAGCCUCAUCUUUUAUCGAGCCACCAAUAAAAGUGACUUGGGUUCUUGCCAGUGCACAAGGGGAUUCGUGGAACCCUUUCAUCUCUGAGGCAUUGGUCCCGGACGCUGUUAAGCAACAAUGGACAAACAGAUUCAUGCUUUUCAUGAAGGAUGGAACCAGCAAUUUUCAGAACUUCCAAGCAUAGCGAGUUAAAGAUUAGCUGAACAGAGCCCGCCGUCGAGGAUUAACAGAUGCUAGGACACUGGUUCAUCAGUUUGUGUGCAAUGUAACUGCUGCUGUUGUUGUUGUACAUCUUUAUUUGUUGUCUUGUGCUGAUUUGCUGUUCUGCCCAUGUAUAUAUUCUUCUCUCUACUGCCACUUUAGUUGUUGUAAGAAUGAGCAUCUCCAAAACUUUAGAUAGUUUGGAGCAAUAUAUGAUCAACUAUUUUCUAUUUUCAA